CUAUUGUCAUUUUGCUAACGUCGGCGUCUUGAGGGGAAUAAACUUUUUGUGAUUAGUCUCACUACAAAAAGUCAGCAAUAAAUACAUUUCUAAUUGUUGAAAGUUCAUUUUCUAAAAGUAAGUUAAGAUGUUUGAGGCAAGAUUACUUCGCAGCUCCAUUUUGAAGAAGGUCCUGGAGGCAAUAAAGGAUCUUUUAACACAAGCCACGUUUGAUUGCGACGACAAUGGAAUACAAUUACAGGCUAUGGACAAUUCCCAUGUAUCUCUGGUAUCACUCACUUUACGAGCAGAUGGUUUUGAUAAAUACAGAUGUGAUAGAAACAUAUCUCUUGGUAUGAAUUUGAGCAGUAUGUCAAAGAUCCUGAAGUGUGCAGGUGACAAGGAUACAGUGACAAUGAAAGCGCAGGACAACGCCGACACUGUCACCUUUGUGUUUGAGAGCCCCAACCAGGAGAAAGUGUCCGAUUAUGAAAUGAAACUCAUGAAUUUAGAUCUUGAACAUUUAGGCAUUCCAGAGACGGAGUACAGUUGCACCAUUCGUCUGUCGAGUGCGGAGUUCGCGAGAAUCUGUCGCGAUCUCUCGCAGUUCGGGGAAUCUAUCGUCAUCUCAUGUACUAAAGAAGGUGUAAGAUUCUCAGCGUCAGGAGACAUAGGGUCAGCGAAUAUCGCGCUGGCGCAGACCGCCUCCGUCGACAAGGAGGAGGAGGCGGUGGUCAUCGAGAUGGAGGAGCCUGUCACCCUCACCUUCGCCUGCCAGUACCUCAACUACUUCACCAAGGCCACCUCCCUCAGCCCGCAGGUCCAGCUGUCGAUGUCAGCGGACGUGCCGCUGGUGGUGGAGUACCGCAUCCCCGACAUCGGACACAUCCGCUACUACCUCGCGCCCAAGAUAGACGACGACGACAACUAACAGCCAUACCACUAUUCAAAUAUCUUAACGGCUCGGGAACAUAAGUUGCGCAGUACAGUACUUGGAGCAGGUGACAUCGAGCCGCAAAGAUAUUCGAAGUGAUUUAUACUUGUAACUGCACUCUACUGAUAAAAUUAUGUUAAAUUUAGUGCCUUAUUCUUGUAAUAAUGUGUAAUGAUACAAAAUAAUGUGAUUUUUAUAAUAAAAGUUUUGGUCAUAGAAAA